AUGUCGUACAACAUUUUUAGCUGGAAUGUUAGAGGUGCUGGAGCCAAAGGUGUUCCUUUGCUUUUAAAAUAUUUGGUGGGAAGACAUGAUAUUUCAUGCUUAGCUCUGUACGAGACCCGUGUUAGUGCUGUUAAGAUUCCGUCCAUUCUUAGAACAGUAGGGUUUGAUGAUUUUUAUGCUGUGGAAGCUGAAGGCUUUGCAGGAGGGAUUUGGUUGUUGUGGUCCACUCAAUGGGGCUCUUUGGAGGUGCUCUCUCAUCACAGACAAUAUGUCCAUGCCAGAAUAACCCCAAAGAAUUCCCUGACUAGUAUGUUAGUGAAGUUUGUCUACGCCAGCCCUAAUGCAGCGUUGAGAAACAUUUUAUGGCGAGAGCUCAGGUCUAUAGCUGCGAAUAUCUCUGAACCCUGGGUAGUCCUUGGGGAUUUUAACUCCUAUUUAAGUCCUGGAGACAAAGUGGGGGGUGCAACCCCUAAUGCAGCUUCUAUGCAAAAAUUUCGUGACUGCUUGGAUGAUUGUUCUUUAUUUGAUUUGGGGUUCAAGGGCCCUCCCUUUACCUGGGAAGGUCGGGGGGUGAAGGAGCGGAUUGAUUGGGCUUUGAGUAAUGAUAGGUGGGUUCAAUCAUUCCCUGACGCUUCCAUCCUUCAUCUUCCGAGGAUGAAGUCUGAUCACUCUCCUUUGCUCUUGAGUUUGUCUGCUAAGGAUGCUGACAACUCCCAAAGGCCUUUCCGUUUUUUAGCGAGUUGGUUGACCCAUGAGGGUUUUCCUGCGAUUGUAAAGGAGGCUUGGCGCCCCGGUAAGGAGUGGCUACCAGCGUCCCAAGCCUUUACUCAGGCAGCUAUGGUCUGGAAUAAUGAAGUGUUUGGGGAGAUUGGGAGGAGAAAGAGAAGGCUAAUGAGGCGCCUGGAGGGGAUAAGAGGAACUUCUUUGGAAACAAAAAUCUAG